ACAUGCUUGUUUGUGUACGGCGUGUUUCGGCGCGCGCGAAACUUCAGGUACGUUCCUGUGCUCCAUCGUUAUUGUUUCUGUGUUUUUCUGUGCAGCUUUUGGAACAAACGCGAACGACACCAUGGGAAUUAAGGGACUUUCACAGCUGAUUGCCGAUAUCGCCCCGUUUGCGGUGAAGGAAGGCGAAAUUAAACAAUUCUUCGGAAGAAAAGUCGCAAUCGAUGCAUCGAUGUGUCUGUACCAGUUCCUGAUUGCCGUGCGGGCCGAGGGUGCCCAGCUGACGUCGGUGGACGGCGAGACGACGUCGCACCUGAUGGGCACGUUCUACCGCACCAUCCGGCUGCUCGAGAACGGCAUCAAGCCGGUGUACGUGUUCGACGGCAAGCCGCCGGACCUGAAGUCGGGCGAGCUGAACAAGCGAGCCGAGCGACGCGAGGAGGCCCAGAAAGCGCUGGACAAAGCGACCGAAGCCGGUGCGACCGAGGACAUCGAGAAGUUCAACCGUCGGCUCGUGAAGGUGACGAAACACCACGCCAACGAAGCGAAGGAGCUGCUGCGGCUGAUGGGCGUCCCGUACGUGGAGGCGCCGUGCGAAGCGGAAGCCCAAUGCGCCGCCCUGGUGCGCGCGGGCAAGGUGUACGCGACGGCCACCGAGGACAUGGAUGCGCUCACGUUCGGUUCGAACAUCCUGCUGCGGCAUCUUACCUUCAGCGAGGCGCGCAAGAUGCCGGUGCAGGAGUUUGCGUACGAAAAGGUGCUGAAGGGGUUCGAGCUGACGCAGGACGAGUUCAUCGACCUGUGCAUACUGCUCGGGUGCGACUACUGCGACACGAUCCGGGGCAUCGGGCCGAAGAAAGCGAUCGAGCUGAUCAACAAGCACCGCUCGAUCGAGAAGAUACUGGAGCAUCUGGACAGGCAGAAGUACAUCGUGCCGGAGGGCUGGAACUAUGAGCAGGCGCGCAAGCUGUUCAAGGAGCCGGAGGUGCAGGACGCGGACACGAUCGAGCUCAAGUGGAGCGAACCGGACGAGGAGGGGCUGGUGAAGUUCCUGUGCGGCGACCGGCAGUUUAACGAGGAUCGCAUACGCUCGGGCGCGAAGAAGAUACUGAAGACGAAAAAUACCGCCACCCAGGGCAGGUUGGAUUCGUUCUUCAAGGUGCUGCCGUCGACCGGCACGCCCAAGCGAAAGGUGGACGAGAAGAAGCCGCUGGCCGGGUCGUCGGCGAAGAAGGCCAAAACUGGCGGCGCGACGAGGGGCAGAAAACCAAAGUAAAUGCCUGAUCCUACUUACCGGUGGUGUUUUUGGGGCUGAUUGCUAUUAUUUGUACUACGUAAGACACCUUCUUUCUAAAUCCUCAACUACGCGAAUUGUGCGAUUAAUCUUAAAAAUAAACAUUAUACUUCUAUAUAAAUACAA